AUGUCGUACUUCUUCUCCACCCCCGUCGACAUCGACGUCCUCCUCGACGAUGCCGACGACCGCUCCAUGGUCGACGUCAAGCUCGACAAGAACCGCCGCGAAAAGGCGCCCCUCUACAUGGACGGCGAAUCCGUCAAGGGCUCCGUCACCGUCCGCCCCAAGGACGGCAAGCGCCUCGAACACACGGGCGUCAAGGUGCAGUUCAUCGGCACCAUUGAGAUGUUCUUCGACCGCGGCAACCACUACGAAUUCCUCUCCCUGAACCAGGAACUCGCCGCCCCCGGUGAGCUGCAGCACCCGCAGACGUUCGACUUCAACUUCAAAAACGUCGAGAAGCAGUACGAGUCGUACAACGGCAUCAACGUCAAGCUGCGGUACUUUGUGCGCGUCACCGUGUCCCGCCGCAUGGCCGACGUCAUUCGCGAAAAGGACAUUUGGGUGUACAGAUACCGCAUCCCGCCCGAGGUCAAUAGCAGCAUCAAGAUGGACGUCGGCAUCGAGGACUGCCUGCACAUCGAGUUCGAGUACAGCAAGAGCAAAUACCACCUCAAGGACGUCAUCGUCGGCCGCAUCUACUUCCUGCUGGUCCGGCUCAAGAUCAAGCACAUGGAGUUGUCCAUUAUCCGGAGGGAGACCACGGGCGCCGCGCCGAACCAGUACAACGAGAGCGAGACGCUGGUGAGGUUCGAGAUCAUGGACGGCUCGCCGUCGAGGGGGGAGACGAUUCCUAUAAGGCUCUUCUUGGGGGGGUUCGACCUGACGCCCACGUUUCGGGAUGUGAAUAAGAAGUUUUCGACAAGAUACUACCUCAGUCUGGUCUUGAUUGAUGAGGGUGAGCUGCUCUCCCUGCCCUCCCGGCCUUGUUCGGGCCUCGUGUGUAUUUUUCCAUCCCAGCACGCCGUCGCUCACACAUGUCUAGAUGCCCGUCGGUAUUUCAAACAAUCCGAAAUCAUCCUGUACCGCCAGGCCCCUGACGGCCUUUCCGAAAACACCGGCGGCGGUCUGCAGCCUCUCCCGGCUCCCAACGAAGCCAAAUUAGCCGCCGCCCAAGCUGCUACUGCUCAGGCAUAG